UGAGAAACACGAAGCCGCCCACAUAUUCUUUAUCAUCCUGUAGUCUUUUUAUUUGGUGUGCUUCUUUACAUUCUUUAAUUCAAAAAUGGCAAAACCGAUUUUAGGCUAUUGGGAACUCCGUGGAGUAGCAGAGCCUAUUCGUUAUCUUUUGCAUUACAAAAAGACAGAGUUUGAAGAUAAAAGGUACACAGCGGAUAUGACUGGAUACGAAGGAUGGCAAGAGGACAAGUUCAACCUCGGUCUGGAUUUUCCAAAUUUGCCUUACUACAUUGAAGGUGACCUCAAACUCACCCACAGUAUCGCCAUCAUCAGAUACUUAGGCUAUAAACAUGACCUAACUUUCAAGAACGAUGAACAGCAAUGCCGAACCAUGAUGGCAGAGCAACAGAGUGUUGAUUUUCGUUUAAAACUGAAAUCUUUCGCUGAGAGCGAUGAAUGUGAAGAGGCAGGAAAAGAUAAAUUUCUGAAGUGUGUCCAGCCCAUGUUUGAGCAAUGGGAAAAGUUCCUUGGAGACAGAAAAUUCAUGGCAGGAGAUGAUAUUACAUAUGUAGAUUUCAUGGUAUAUGAGGCCCUCGAUCUCUAUAGACUUUACCAUGAAACUAUUCUAGAUGAUUACCCGUCACUGAAAGCCUACUUCAGCAGAAUGAAAAACUUGCCAGAACUUCAGGAAUAUUUCAGUUCUUCAACUCGCAAACCUUGGCCGAUUUUUCCACAUAAGGCCAAAUUUGGCGGCAGUGGCGAUCCUCCAAAGCAUUUGUAACUUGAAUAUGAAAAUUUCUUGAUGUUCUAUGCAAUCUGGACGAAUUAAGAAGUAACUUUUUUGUUUCGUUCAGAAAUAUACAUGCAGUUCUAAGUUCUCUUUAUUAUUUUUUAAAUCCCUGUAAUUAUAUAUAUCAUUUUGAAUCAUUGAUAUAUUUGAUUAGCAAAGAUAAGUUCUAUUUUACCGAAAUGCAUAAUGACAGCCUUCUUUUUUAAGUUGUACAGUUACUAAUCAUUAUUAUUGAUAUUAAAUAGGUGUGAUAUGCCUGAUAAA